CAUUUUUAUUUAACCCAUUUUCAACCCGCCCAUCCGACCCGACCCGACCCGUUUACCACUCCUCAGCUGACUAUCUAAAAACACAGAUUCACAGCCUUUGUACAAACAAGUCACUGCUAGAUCAUUAAAUUCUCUCAAUUUUUCUUCAACAACAAAAAAAAAUGGCACAAUCAGCAAAACCUAUAUCGAGUCCAGUACCAGAUGCGUGGUACCCAACACUAGCUGUGAUUAUGCUUGCAGUUGGUCUUGUUGUUACUGCUUCUUUUUUCAUCUAUGAAGCUACUUCUCCGAGGAAAUAUCGUAGUCUUGCAAAGGAGCUCGUAACUGGGACAGUGGCGUCUGUUUUCUUGGGUUUUGGAUCCUUGUUUUUGCUACUUGCUUCUGGAGUCUAUGUUUGAUCCAUCCACAUGGAUAAAGAUGAAGUUUUUUUACUAGUGUUUCGACAUGAAUGGUUUUUCGAGUACUGCAGUUGAUUUUAAAUGAGUUAAGGUUGAGAACAGUAUCUAUAGAUCUGAUUAUUAUCACCUAGUGCAGUCUGAGAAUUUAUUACUUUAUGGCAAGCAUCGAAGAGAACUUGUUGAAAAAAUUUCCGAGGUACAAGAAAUACUUCGUAUGCCUUCAAUUUACUUUAUAGAAGAAAGCAUCCCUUUGCUUGGCUUUUA